AUGGUCUACCAGAUGGCGUUGAAAGAGCCAGCCCAAGCGCCACUACGUUUUGGUGUUCAGCCUGACAAGAACAAGUCCCACAGCCAACAAUUUGCUGACAUGACCCUUUCAGAUAAAUGGGAGGAUGCAGAUCUCUGCUCGGUCUUCGACUACCUCUAUUUCUGCAAGUAUGUGAGGAUCCCGGAAGAGUGGGUUGUUCCCAUGAAGAAUUUUCGCAGCGAAUUAUUGGCUGAAGCUACUUGGCUGCAAUAUAUAUUAGUUCUGAAAACAUGGCGAAAUCAUGCUAGCCUAGGCUGGUCGCCUUGCCACAAAGCAGGAAAUCUGAGCUGCUGCGUCUGCUGA